AUGAAUGACUACGAUCACCAUAACAUUUCCGAACCAGCGAAAAGCCAGGAUUUCCUGCAACCGACUACAUCUACUGGCACAACGGAGCAUGAACAGCCACCCCAACUAAAGGCUGUUACCUCGGAGGAUCAGGAUCUUGAGUCUAAAUACAAGCGAGCCUUAGAAAAGCGAACUAAGCAGCGCGAUGCCUACAAGGAGCGCCGGGUGACAAUUCUCCGGGACAAAAUCUGGAAUUUCAGUCUUCAUCAUUAUGAAGAGGAAAAAGGGGUCACCACUCGUGCACGAGAAACCCGACCGGAUCGCGUCUUCGUUGAGCCCGUCGAAUCUUCCAACUGGUGCCCCAUGAUCAUUGAAGCUUUUCUGUGGAAUUAUCUUGUCUUUCGAGUCUUCAACCAGUUCUGGUGGGCGGGCAAGCAUGGCAGCCAUAUGGGAAAUGUUUAUGCGAUUAUGAAAAGGAACUACUCGACCACGGCUGAGCUUCAGAGUUUCCAAAUGUGGUCUGCUACUACAACCAAGCUCAUCCGUGAGUUCCAAAGGCGCGAGGAGCCCGGAUGGACUGGGGGUUACGGAAAAUCUUUCGAUGAUCUCGUGAAAGAGAUAUUUGCAACGAUUGAACCACAUCGUUUCACCGAGCUUGGUGAUAUGAAAAAAGAAAUCCGCGGGAUCUUACAAACCGCAAUCGAACUGGACGGAGAGCUCAGCCAGCUGCUGGCCCAUUUCAAGUGGGAAUUCUCCAGUCCUGGAGAAGAAUUCGACGAGAAACGGAUGAAACUUGCGGAAAGUGAGGAGCUUCAUUCAACGAAACAAAUAAACGUCAUCAUCUGUCCGGGAAUCACGAAAUGGGGACAGUCCGGAAACUUUGACAAGGUAGACUGGCUUGUACCCAUCAAGGUGUCCUGUUCCACUCCAAACGCUCUGCCCCUUUCGAUGAGUCGUAAGGCCAGGGACAUGCAUUACAAACUAACACAGUCCAUAAAUAAGUUCAGACAGAAGUAA